CCAGGACUCAGGGAUGAUCCUGCAACAGAUGGCAGUGUGAGAAGACAACAAAUGGCUUUCAUAGGGAGUGGCCUCCGCAUACAGGGGGAUGACAACCUCCAGUCCAUGCUGGUGGGGACGGUGAUGAGAAAAAUCAAGUCUCGUACCUGGAAAAAGCAGCGCUACUUCAAACUGCAGGAUGACUGCAUGACCAUCUGGUACAAGUCCAAGAAGGCUGGCAAUGCCCACUCCACAUUUUCUGUGAGUGAUGUGGAGGCAGUGCGAGAGGGCCACCAAUCUGAGGUACUGCUCAGCAUCGCAGAUGAGUUCCCACCUGACCGUUGCUUCACGCUGGUCUUCCGCGGUCGCAGGGGCAACCUGGACCUGGUGGCUGAGUCAGCAGAGGAAGCAAAGUCCUGGAUUAGCGGCAUGAGGAAGCUGAUUGAGAACCUGGAGAACAUGGGGGAGCGAGAGAAACUUGACCAAUGGAUUGGAGACUGGUUCAAGAAGGCAGACAAGAACAACGACGGGAGGAUGAACUUCAAGGAAGUGCGAGAUUUACUGAAGAUGAUGAAUGUGGAUAUGAAUGAGCACCAUGCUCAUCGUCUCUUCACAAUGGCUGAUAAGUCCCAGACAGGUGCACUUGAGGAUGAUGAGUUUGUGCUCUUCUACAAAAUGCUGACCCAGCGGGAGGAUGUUCUGAGGGUUUUCCAGGAGUUCUCAGCUGAUGGCCAGAAGCUAUCUCAGGGUGACCUGGAGGACUUCCUGAAAGAGGAGCAGCUGGAGAGGGAUGACAUCCAGCAGCAUGCCAAGCAGCUCAUUGAGUGCUAUGAGCCCUCUGACACAGCCAAGCUGCUGAAUGCCAUGACUUUUGAUGGCUUUUUGAUGUACCUGGGCUCAGCAGAGGGCUCCAUCUUCAACCCACAGCGCCGGGCUGUCUUCCAGGACAUGAGCCAGCCGCUCUGCCAUUACUUCAUCUCCUCCUCCCACAACACCUAUCUGAUGGAGGACCAGCUCAGAGGACAAAGCAGUGUUGAGGGAUACAUCAGGGCUCUGAAUCGUGGCUGCCGGUGUGUGGAAGUUGACUGCUGGGAUGGUGCCAAUGGAGAGCCCAUCGUCUAUCACGGACACACUUUCACCUCCAAGAUACUCUUCAAGGAUGUGGUCAUCGCAGUGGGUAACUACGCCUUCAAGGUAUCGGAAUAUCCAGUCAUCCUGUCCAUCGAGAACCACUGCAGUGUUGAGCAACAGAGAGUCAUGGCCCAGCACCUCAACCACAUCCUCGGUGACAAGCUGCUGAAAAACACAUUGGACGGCAAGGCCCCCAUUGGGUUACCGUCUCCUGAGGAUCUUAAAGGAAAAAUUCUGCUGAAGGCAAAGAAGAUUGGUGGCCUGGAGGAGAGUGUCAAUGGGAUGAUGGAGGACUCUCUGACCACGGAGGUCAGCGAUGAAGAUGAGGCGGCUGAAAUCGAUGAAGACAACCUUCACCGUGAGAGCAUUCGCCGCAGAGUUAAGAGGUCAAAGCAGCGUCUGUCCAAGGAGCUGUCAGACUGUGUGGUUUACUGCAAAAGUGUCCACUUCAGCAGCUUCAAACACUCCCGCAUCCACUCCAAGUUCUACGAGGUGGCCUCUUUCACAGAGUCCAAAGCCCGCAAACAGCUGAGAGAGGCUGGGGCAGAGUUUGUUCACCAUAACUCACGGCAGCUGACCAGGGUUUAUCCCAGUGGCUUCCGAACUGACUCCUCCAAUUUCAGUCCUCAGGAAAUGUGGAAUGCUGGAUGCCAAAUCGUUGCGUUGAAUUUCCAGACUGCAGGGGAAGGCAUGGACCUCAAUGAUGGGCUGUUUAGUCAGAACGGCAGCUGUGGAUAUGUCCUAAAACCCUGUUUCAUGAGAGAAGUGGAGAAAAGAUUUGACCCAGAGACGCCGCAAAAACGGGACAGCUACCAACCCUGCAUCCUCACCAUACAGGUGAUCAGCGGCCAGCAGCUGCCCAAAGUCAACAUCAAAGAGGGCUCUAUAGUGGAUCCUCUGGUCAGAGUGGAGAUCCAUGGAGUUCCUAUUGACCAGGCCAAGCAAGAGACCAGAUACAUUGAGAACAAUGGGUUCAAUCCUGUGUGGUACGACACUCUGCGCUUCACCAUUCACACUCCUGAGUUGGCCAUGGUGCGCUUUGUGGUGGAAGACUACGACAAGACAUCAAAAAAUGACUUUGUGGGGCAGUACACACUGCCACUCGACUGCAUGCAGCAAGGUUAUCGUCACAUUCACCUUUUGUCCAAAGAUGGAACCAGUAUUCCUCCCUCCUCCUUAUUUGUCCACAUCAGGAUCACAGGACUGAAAUAAACCAAGCUUCUUCACUUUCCUAAUAUAGUGGAGGUACUGGAAAGAAAAACCUACCAUUUAGUGAUAAGAGUAAAAUCAUUAUAUAGAAGAUACUCACAGUUCCUAAAAUAGUAUUUAGCAUUAUUCUAAUUUGAUGUGAAGAAAUACUACGCCAAAUGUUUAGUGGUUCUUAGGCAGCAGAAAUAUUAGCUAUGCAUGUAUGUUUUUGUUUUAUUCACUAUAGUGUGUGUGUAACUGCUCCUGUGAUUGACUUGAACUUUGCUGCUCAUGCUUGGUGUACUGUGUCUGUAUGUUUUGCAGAAAUAUUGUGUUGUAGAGAAGAAUGUGCCACCAAUAAGUUUAGAUCAGGAUGUCUAUAAUCUGUCAGUAUUUUCCUUUAACUAACAGCACUUCGUGGACACUGUCUAACUGCUGGAGUCAUCAGCUUUCACUGUGGUUAUAAUGCAACGCUUGAAACAUAAUUCUCUUCCAGAUGCACAGUUGUUGUCUGUUGGAAAACUGAAGGGGAGAUACAGGGCGUGAAAAUAGUGAAAAAUGUCUUCAAAUAUCUUGUUUUGUCCAGCCAACACUCCAAAACCCAAAGAUCUACAAUUACCUAUCAGAUGAGAGGAGGAAGAGCAGUAAAUUCUCACAAAUGAGAAGUAGGAACUGACAUAUCUGCUCGAAAAAUUAAUGAAACGAUUAUGUGAUUGUCAAAAUGAUUAAUCAAUAAUCAGUUCUACUGCUGACUUUGUCACAACUCAGUAUAAUCUGUGCUUGUUUUUUUACAUUUCAGAAAGUAAAAUAUU